GGGUAAGGACGUUGUCAUCUGAAAAACGUGAGCGGUGGAAGAGAAGACAAAGUCUUCAUCAAAGGACGAAGUACUACUAAAAUGGCGACAACAUGGUGAGGGCUAAUCCACUGUCUUCGGAAACGUUUCCAUGUUUCCACCGGGUUUCAGCAUCUGUUCAUGCACACUCGAUCUCUAUAUAAGAAGAAGCGCACUGCGAUCACAUAACCUGCACCGAUUCCUCCUGUAUCUCCGAGCAUGAGGAACUCUAGAAUUCCAUUCCAAUGGCUGCGUGCUUCACUAGCCCUCCUCGUCGUCCUCCAAUCACAUGUCAUGGCAACGGAAGCAAGUGGUGUCGGAGCUGAUUGGGAGUACAGCUACGAUCCAUGUAACGAGCUCGGACCUCAACACUGGGGAGACCUUCAUGAAGAAUGGGAGACGUGCAAAACUGGAGAACAACAAUCACCCAUUUCGAUUAAACCAAGCAAUAUCAUCGUCAGCACAUCACUGGGGAGCUUGAGAACAAAUUACGGCACCAGACCUGCUUUCUUGCAGAACAAGGGGCAUGAGAUCCUGGUGAAUUGGAGGUGGUCGCCAGGAGAUCUUGUGAUCGGCGAGAAGACAUUCCAUCUCCGGCAGUGCCACUGGCACUCACCGUCCGAGCAUGAACUCUAUGGCAAAAGGUAUCCCUUGGAGUUGCACAUGGUGCACACUACUCCGGCGGGAGAAAUAGCAGUCAUUGGCAUGUUGUACGAGUUUGGUCCAUUUGCGGAUCCCCUCUUGCACCAGUUGUCGGAGGGCCUAAUAGCUCUCCAGACACAGGACAAUGUGUCUGUGGGGACUAUCCGCCCACCUCUUAUAGGUGAGAGAGAACCAUACUUCAGGUACAGUGGCUCUUUGACAACCCCACCUUGCGGUGAGCCAGUUACAUGGACGGUGAUAAAAGAGGUGAAGAGCGUAACGGAGAGUCAACUGGCGUCGCUGAGGAUUCCCGUGCAUGAUAAGGACAACGCAAGACCAGUUCAGCCCAUCAAUGGACGCAACGUGUACAUGUACGAGCCGCCGCACGAAGACCAUGCCAGCUCUUAAAGCGAAACUGUGGAUGAGCACCGCCGACGACGCACACUUCCAUGCCUGAAGAGGGUGAUGAAAUGGGGUUGCUACUUCUACUAUGUAUCUACCAGCCACUCUUUCGUUAUUGCUGGGGUAGAAGCCAUCUAUCUACCAGUAAAAAAUAGUUCGUCACAUCUACUAUGUAAUAUGCCAAUGUCUGUUGUCCGGAAAUAAAUGGUACGCAAGGAACAUCACGUUUGAUUA